AUGACUGUCAAACGUGCCUUGGGGUGCCUGAAAGCCCAGUGGAAGCCACUGAACUACAGGCUGGAGGUAGAGCCAGAAGACAUGCUGCACUAUAUUUGUGAAACACGGGGUGAACUUUUCAGUGCCGAUGAGCUACGGCUGGAGAACGGAGGCAGCCCCUGUGCUGGGACAGUGGAGAUUAAACACCAGGAUGAGUGGGGGACAGUGUGUGAUGAUGAGUGGGACAUGAGAGAUGCUGCGGUUGUUUGGUUCACAGGGUUCAGGCUGGUGAACGGCAGCACACGGCUGGGGGCCUAUACAUGCUCACAGGACAGUGAUGCUGGUGUGAUUUGCUCAGGUGACUCUGAAUCCCUCAGACUGCUGAAUGGAGAGAGCCGGUGCGACGGGCGAGUCGAGAUUUCCCUCAGUGGUGCGUGGGGCAGAGUCCUGGAUGAUCAGUGGGACAUAAAUGAUGCUAAAGUGGUGUGCAGGCAGCUCCAGUGUGGCGACGCAGAGAAAGCCUAUAACCCCGUGAAGUCUGAACGAGGGACAGGCCUUGUUGGGCUGAGACGUGUCCAGUGCUCAGGGAAUGAGCCUCGUCUGACACUCUGCAACACGAGCCUGUCUGAGACAGAGCCGGCAGGAAUCGCUGAGGAUGUUGGAGUCGUUUGUUCAGGAAGCAGGCAGAUCAGACUGGUGAAUGGGACAGGUCGCUGCGCUGGGAGAGUGGAGAUUUACUACCAGGGCACCUGGGGGACUGUCUGUGAUGACUCCUGGGACCGAACAGACUCCACUGUUGUGUGCAAACAACUGGGAUGUGGACACGCCGUCGAGGCAGCUGCAUCCGUUCAUUACGAGGAAGGCUCAGAACAGAUCUGGCUGGAUGAUGUGAACUGCUCUGGGAAUGAAUCCGAGCUCUGGGAGUGCCCUUCCAGGGGCUGGGGGCAGCACGACUGCAGACACAAGGAGGAUGUAGGAGUGCUUUGCUCAGAAUUCAUGGAUCUGAGGCUGGUGAAUGGCAGUGACUGUGCUGGGCGAUUGGAGAUUUUCUACAAUGGAUCGUGGGGAAGCAUUUGCUCCAACCAGAUGACUCAAGCCACUGUGGAAAUUGUAUGCAAACAGCUGGGCUGCGGAGAUGAAGGGGAAAUUGUUGGAGACUUGACAUACGGACAAGGUUCUGGCCACACAUGGUUGGAUCAUGUUCAGUGCCUUGAGCAUCACAACUCCCUUUGGCAGUGUCCGUCAGAGUCAUGGAAACCUCUCUCAUGUGCUAAUCGGGGAGAAGAGACCCAUAUUAAGUGUACUGGAAGCAAAGAGAAAACAACUCCAACACAGUUUGCCGAGUGUCCAAACUCCACAAGCUGCACAGAAAAGGAGAAGCUGCGUGUUGUGGAAGGAAAGGACGGAUGCUCGGGGAGAGUGGAGGUUUGGCACCGUGGCUCCUGGGGAACAGUGUGUGAUGACUCCUGGGACAUGGCGGAUGCUGCUGUUGUGUGCAAACAACUGGGCUGUGGAGCUGCUGAGUCUGCUCUGAGUGAGGCAGAAUUUGGGAAGGGGACUGGCCCCAUCUGGCUGGACAAGCUGAACUGCAAGGGGACAGAGUCGUCUCUGUGGGACUGUUGUGCUGAGCCCUGGGGUAACAAUGAGUGUCACCAUAAGGAAGAUGCUGCUGUGAUCUGCACCAAUAAGAGCGAGGCUACUGCAUCCCCAGACAGAACAGAACCACCUCAGCGCCCAUCUCUGACAGGUGGGAGAGAUAUGGUGCCCAUAGUCAUCUGCAUUGUCCUGGGGGCCCUUCUCUGCCUGGUCCUGAUCAUGCUGGGGGGACAGGUGCAAAGCACCAGGGCACUGCGCAGAGCCUCUGGAAGAUACUCAGGGCCCUUAACUGAUGCUGUGUAUGAAGAAAUUGAUUAUAACCUGAUGAGGGAGAAGCUCGAGAUGUUCGGUCACUCAGUCUCCUACUCAGAGGACUCUGUGAUGAAGCUGCAGUAUUACACUGGGGACAGCGAGGAUGGAAAUGAUCCUGGAUCAGCACAAGAGGAAACUUCCCGUGGGGAUUUACAGCAGGAUUACGACAGCGUGGAGGAGCCUGAAUGGAGUGACAUUCCUGUGCCUCCAGAUGGUAAAGAGGCCCUUCCCCUGGCAGGAGAUGUCACUGAAGAUGGUUAUGAUGAAGCUGCAGAAGUUCCUGGUCUUCCACAUUUUCCUGUUUCUGGCCUCACUGGUGUCCCAGCAGAAAGAGAGGAGAACUUACAGACCUACGGGGACUCACAGACAGAAUGGAGCAUGCCUUGGCUUAAAAGUGAAGGAACCUUUGAGUCUCUGGAAGAUGACCCAGCCCUUCUUCCUGGAGACACGGGUUAUGAUGAUGUUGAAGACGGCAUCUCUGUGUCAUCACCCUAA